CCGACGGCGUAGACUUCUGUGUUGGUAUGCACCGCCCUGAGCGCCCCAGCGACGACGACGUGAAGGAGGAGGAGAAGGGUCUGCGGCUCACAGUACAGCAGCUGCUGGAGCUGUGCCUGUUCGGUGUGGACCCCGGCGGGUCCGCACCUACUUCACCACCGCCAAGGGCUUCCACCGCAUGCGGAGAUAGGUGACGGCCCUGUUGCCCGAGGAGCUGGUGGACAGGCUGCUGCAGAGCGGCGCCAUCACCAUCCUGGAGCGGGACAUGGAUGGUGACCUGGUGGAGUUUGUCAGGGUGGAAGGGCCUGCGGACCGGCUGCAGCGGCAGCUGCAGCAGUAUCGGGCGGACCGCAAGCAGCAGAAGCAGCGGAAGCGACGGCAGUGGCGACAGCACGGCAGCCGCUGGAAGCACGCGCCUGGCGGCCGCCGCCGCCCCAAUGGGCGGCAGCAGGCGGCGACACGUGCGCGGCGGAAGCAGCGCAGCCGCUUCUACAGCUGCUCUGGAGCGGGCCACAGGCAGCAAUGCGGGUACAACGACCGCCGCCGGUGGCAGGAGUGGCAGCUGAACGCCAACCCGGCGCUGGCCACCUGGCAGUCGAACAUCUCCAGCGCCCGGGUGCUCGCCGUCCAGGAGCACGACCUGCGACUGCGGUGGCUCUUCACUGGCCCUGGCGCCGCGCCGCCCGGCCCUGGCCCUGGUGGCGGCGGCGGCGGCGGCGGCGGCGGGGCGUAUGGCGGUGGGCUGCCACUACCACCACCACUGCCACAGGGGCCGCGGCUGGGUGUAGUGGACAUCCUGGUCCACUACUUCAACCCGCAGCAGCGCAAGAAGCGGCUCGAGGUGUACAUCCGCAAGCAGCGGGUGAUGCACCGAGAGGCCCGCAACUUGACAGGCGGACGGCCCAAGCAGCAGGUGGUGGUGGGCUGGGGAAAUGGCCGCGCGGGGUGGAACUCGCUGAUCAGCCGCAAGGGCCAGCCGCCGCGGAAGGAGUUCGUGCGCCUGCUGUGUGACCACUACGCGGCGCACAUCGUGAUCGUGAAUGAGUUUAGGAUGAGUCGGGUUUGCUUUGAGUGUGGGCAGAUGGCGCUGCAGGCCAGGCUCAAACCUGGCAUGCGGAGGGCUCACGGCGUGCAAGUGUGCAACCACUGCGGCACGACGUGGAAACGCGAUGUGAACAGCGCCUGCAACAUGCUCCUGCUGCUCGUCCUGCAACUGCUGCAUGGUGACGACGGCUGGCCGAAGGUGUUUGGAGGCCGGCCGCACGCCGAUGCCGACGCCGAUGGCGGUGACCAGCAGCAGCAGCAGCAGCAGCAGCAACAGCAACAGAGGGCUAUGACGCGGACGGCACAUCCAUUGCGGCGACGGCUAUGGGUGAGUGAGAAGCGCAUGGCCCAGGAGGGCUAUGACGCGGACGGCACAUCCAUUGCGGCGACGGCUAUGGGUGAGAAGCGCAUGGCCCAGGAGGGCUACGACGCGGACGGCAAGUCCAUUGCGGCGACGGCUAUGGGUGAGAAGCGCAUGGCCCAGGAGGGCUAUGACGCGGACGGCACAUCCAUUGCGGCGACGGCUAUGGGUGAGAAGCGCAUGGCCCAGGAGGGCUAUGACGCGGACGGCACAUCCAUUGCGGCGACGGCUAUGGGUGAGAAGCGCAUGGCCCAGGAGGGCUACGACGCGGACGGCAAGUCCAUUGCGGCGACGGCUAUGGGGGCGGCGGUCAUGGCAGUCGACGGCUACGAUGAGGCCGGCAAGUCCAUUGCGGCACGUAGCGCGGGCGUUGCCCGUGCGGAAAAGGCCGGUAUGUUCAUCUGGGCACCCGUCUGGCCCAAGCUGCACGAGUGGGUCAAGGCCCACCCCUCCAGCACGGUGGACUGGACCGCGGCCGAAAAGCACCUGCGGCGGGAGUUCCCGGAUAUCCCCGUCGGUGCCUUCGAGCGCGGCGGUGCCGGCAGGACCAAGUAUUCUAAGUGGAAGAGGCUGUACGACCCGUAGGCUAGAGGCGCGGAUAGGGCUAACACUGAUUAUAUCCAAAAAUCAAAACACAGGCAGGACGAGCAUGACCGCAACUGUCGUUGAGCCUGGUACAACUUGUGGUUGACUUUUAAACGGCAGGCAGCAGCAGGAGGAGGAGGACGAGGACGAGGACGACUAGCAGCAGCAGCAGCAGCAGGAGGACGAGGACGACUAGCAGCAGCAACAGCAACAGCAACAGCAGGAGGAGGACGAGGACGAGGACGACUAGUCCAGCUGCUGGUUGCAGGCGUGCGGCCCCUGGCGCUGUGGGAUAGUGGGGCUGUUGGGUGAUGUCACAGCGCGUGUGUGGAAGUGAGACUCCAGGGGCUGCAGUUCAUAUCGUGAUAACCCGCCUUUGUGGCGGACAGGGGGGCUUAAGUCCCGCCCUUGGGGCGUGCUAGGAAGACGGUGGAGAGGAGACCCCUACGCCGUGUGGGGAGGUUGGACUGGAUGUGGAGAGACUCGACAUAGGGAGAUGCGUGCGCCCAAAGCGGGCUGUACUGCUAGGUACGUCUAGGUACUGCUCUGGAGUCCCGCAGCCAUAUGUUUUGCCCGGUGCCUGCACAUGCCCGCGGUAUGUCCUGCAUCCCUAGGGCCGGCCUGGCACCACCAUUCAUCCACAGCCUCAGCAACUUGGAUGCGCACAGCGGCUUGCCGUGCUUUCUCAGGGUUGGUACCUUCCUGUGAGCUGCGCGGACAGUGUGGUGCACUGGUGCGCAUCUUUGAUCUUGCCCGUGAUGAAUGCCUUGAUGGCUUCAGGCCAGGGGUGUUGAUUUAUGCAGUCGAUGUGAGGCCCUGUUAUUGCCCUUAUGCCCCACGCCCAGCCCAGAAGCGGCCAUUGGUUUGCUGAUUUGCUGUCAUGCCCAGUGCCAAAGGAACGGUUGGCAUUGAGGGAUCAGCCAUGGUGGCUAGCUGCUGCUGCGAGCACGAGACUGAGGCAGUCGAACGCGCCGGGGUGCGCGUGUUUUAGUGUGACGAAGGCACAAUCGAGGCUGGAGGCUCAUGAGUUGGUUUAGAUUGGCAUGGCACGGCCUAGGAGAAGAUAUGUUGUUCCCCUCGCUACCCUCGCAUGGGGAAAGUGGGCUGCACCCACGCCACGUCUCCAGUCUGAGGCCGCAAGCUUGGUUGUUGUGUGUGGUUACAAGGUGGUGAGCACGACGUGCAUUCCUGUCCUUGUAGAAACCUAGGCCCGGGCCGGGGGGCCCUUAUAACGCCUGCAACACUUAUAUAUGCAGCUAGUUUGGUCCCCGAAUGGGGGUGCUUAUGCUCCUGUGCUCCCAAAUGGAAUCUAGUAACGCGGCUAACCUG